AUGGGCCUCUGUGAUUGUCGCAACGUCACGUCCCUGUUUUGCUGCCAGCAUACCAAAAACGUGUGCGAGAAGUGCAUGCUUAGUCAACAUCCCAACGACUUUUCCGCCACGACUGCGCCCGCCGGCUACAAGUGUCCCGUGUGUCCAACUCGGAUUGUUCCAGAUGACAAUAACGGAGGUCCCGUAGCUCAGCAAGUGCGAGCCAAACUCAAGGACAAGGCCUGGGCACACGGGCCCGCGCCUGGAAACACUGAUGCCCUCAGCCCGGCUCAGGCGUCGACGGUCAACACCGGACCCACCACGCGCAUCCAAGCCUCGCCCCGCAAACUACCCGCUGCGCGGGAGGGGGGCCGCCAUUCCACAGGAGCCCAUGCCCUUGGUCACGACCACGAGGCGCAAUCGGCUGAUGAGUCCAAAUACAAACCCAAGGCUGCCAACGAAUGGUUUGCUCGCAUGGUUGAAAAUCAAAAGGAGACUCUGCCCAUGGCCACGCGACGACGCCCUGUUCAAAGCGAUGACGGAGCUGCAAGUCUCAAACGCACCGUCAUUAUUGUCAUUCUUGUUCUCGUGGCCUUUAUUACUGUCAUUGAGCUGAUGACCCGUGCACGACCGGAAAGCUUUGCCAACGACCCCUUGCUCGACCCGCAAAUGAACCCAAACAUUCAUUCCGAGUAA